AUGUCGCUCCAAUCCUACAUUAACAAGAAAAUCUGCAUCAUCACGGUCGAUAGCCGGACGCUGGUCGGAACACUGCUGUCGUGCGACCAGAUGACGAAUCUCGUGCUGGCCGAUACCUGGGAACGCAUCAUACGGCCUGCCGACGACCCGGAGCCUUCGAGCGAGGUGCAGCAUGGUCUGUACCUCAUCCGCGGCGACAACGUCGCGCUGUGCGGUCUGGUAGACGAAGAGCUGGAUGCGAGCAUCGACUGGUCGAAGGUGCGGGGCGAGGUCAUUGGGACAACGAAGCACGUGUGA